AUGGCAAAAGAGUGCUUCAUGUUAGAGCAAACCAAACUAGCUGAAAUCUUAAUCCUAGUUGCUGAUUUCAAAGUGCUAGCGGCGGUUGCUCUCUUGGCGAUUGCAUUGUACCUUUUGAUCGAUUCCAAGAAUGUUUAUCUUGUCGAUUUUAUGUGCUACAAGGCACCGGAAAGUCAACGAUUUCCCAUCUCCUCCUUCAUAGAACAUGAAGAAAGAUUGGGUAAGUUCAACAGAAAAACAGUUGAGUUGCAAACCAAAGUCAUUGAAAGAUCUGGUAUUGGCAACGAAACCUACUUACCCGACGGAAUCCACCAAUUGCCAGGUGAUCAUACCUUGAACUCUACUCUUGAGGAAGUGGAAAUGGUGCUAUUUACAAUAGUCCAAGACCUAUUCACCAAACACAAGAUUGAUCCGAAAAUGAUCGACAUUAUCAUUACAGACUGCAGUCUUGUGUGCCCCAUUCCAUCUUUAGCCACAAUGGUCAAGUCUAUGCUACUCGCAAACUGCUUGUUUCGAAUGGGAAGCGCUGCAAUUUUGCUAUCAAAUCGCAAAAGUGACAGACAGGUUACUAAAUAUCGACUCCAGCAUCUGGUCAGAACUCAUCUUGGAUCUAAGGAUAGUUUGUACAAAUGUGCUGUUCAAGAAGCAGAUGAUGAAAGGUACAUCGGGUUAUCAUUGUCAAGAUCCAUCCUACAAGUAGCUGGAGAAGCACUAAAAACUAACAUGGUAACAUUAGCUGCAAUUGUGCUACCUUACUCCGAGCUAAUCCAAUAUGGUCUAUCAACUAUGUGGAAGAAAGUUUGGCCGCCGGCAAAAAAAGCUGUUGUUGAAGCUAUAAAGGAGUACCUUAAGUUGAAAGAUAGGGAUGGUGAGACGGGCGACAGAAUUUGGCAACUGGCAUUUAGGAGUGGAUUUAAAUGUAAUAGUGCAGUUUGGAAGUGCAUUUCCAAGAUGAAACCAGAUAAUUCGAAUGUUGGGUCAGACAGUAUUGACCAGUAUCCAGUCGAAGUGCCAGAGAUAAUGGAUCACUGA